GGAAGAAUAUCCCCUCGAUUUGCCAAUAAUCAUGAUAUCAGCUAAAAAUUCAAGUGAUGACGUGAUAAAGGGUCUCAAGUAUAACUGCAACGAUUAUGUCACUAAACCGUUUGAGAAAACGGAACUGUUGGCAAGAAUAAACACCCAAGUGAGACUUCGCGAGAUGCUCAAACUGGAAGUAAGAUCGGCU